UUUGAAGUAGGCUGUGAAAUCCAUGCAAAAACCAUUGGAGACCACAAUGUAUUUGAACCUAAAUGUUACGUUGGUCCGGAUGUGGUAAUAGGCAAUGGCUGCAUAAUUGGCGCUGGUUGCCGUGUAACCGUAGCCGAGAAAUUGCCCGACCAAACUGUGAUAACUGGACGCCAUUGUGUACGCAGCGUAGCGUUGGACCGCCCACCUGAUCCUGAUGACUUAGCCCGGCAGGGUGAUGAAUUGACUGCUAUGAGUGAAAUAUUCACCAAAGAAGAGUUCAGUACUAAUUCAACAGAUGCUGGGGUUUAUGCAAUCUUUGAAGCACAUGUUCCACUACCAAGUAAAUUUUUGCUUCUGUUGUCCAAAGACACAGCCCAGACAGACUUUGCUGUCAGUCACUUACCUCCGCUUCGCCUCAUAGCCUCGCUUCCUCAGAGUUAUCCUUCUCAGAGUUCUCCUGAUUUUGUUCUAUCCUGUUGUUGGCUUCCUAAACAUAAACUCGAUAAACUCGUGGUGCAACUUCAAAGCCUUUGGGAAGAAAACCAGUGUGAAAUUUUAUUUAUUUGGUGUUCAUUUCUUAAAGAUCAGUCACUCGACUUGUUAGGAAUAGUCAGUAGUUAUGACUUAAGUGACAAGUGCUUGUUAGAUGUCGGAUUAUCUGAGGUAAAAUGUGAUCAAAAUCCAACAAGAUCCAGGGGAAACAGCAGCACAACUUCAAAAAGUGACCGCCAAACGUUUAGGUACAAUACUGUUAGUGGCUCUUCAAACAAAGAAUCCAACAACAAUAAAUACGAUUACAAAAAAAUCACUAGGCACAAUCCUAAUAGAAAGUUGGGGGAUGAAAAUGAUUUCUUGAGGAUCAGAGCGAAAGAAACACUUAUCAGACAAGGUCGAGACAAGAUUUUGUCUUAUCAUAGAGAAAGUCUCAAAGAUUUGUAUUUUUAUCUAAUAGAAUACAAUGCUACUAAAACAAAAGAAGAAUUUAAAAAGGCAUUGCAGGAGUGUAAUGUUUGUUUCUCAGGUGUCCCCGGAGAACUGUGUAAACAGCUGUCAUGUAGUCAUGUCACAUGUGUAGACUGCCUGAAACGGAUGUGCGAAGUACACAUUAAACACGGAACUAUGGAAUCGAUCGUUUGUUCUCAGGAGAAUUGCGGUCUUGAAAUUCCGGCCAACUUGAUUAAAGAGUUGGUUUCUAAAGAGUUGUAUGAUCAGUUUGACAGACUGAUGCUAAAUAGGACAUUGGAUAAAAUCAGUAACAUGACCUACUGCCCUCUGCUGCACUGCCAGUACCCCAUAGCGACGGAAGGUGAUGAGGCGUUGGCGGUUUGUCCGAGUUGCAAUCACGCUUUUUGCAUUUUCUGCAAAAGAGCUUAUCACGGUAUUGAAGGUUGCAGGAUGAAAAGUGAAGAGAAACAACAGUUGAUCAAGGCUUACCAAAAUGCUGACCACGAAAGAAGACUAGAACUGGAAAAGAGGUACGGGAAAAGGCAACUGGUCGAGUUAGUAAACACGGCACAGACCGAGGAAUGGAUGUCGGAGAACAGUAAGAAGUGCCCUUGUUGCAAUGUGAACAUAGAAAAGAACGACGGCUGUAAUAAAAUGAUUUGUAGGAAAUGUAAUGCAAACUUCUGCUGGAUGUGUUUAAAGAGACUGUCCUCACUAAACCCUUAUUUACAUUAUCAGGACCCCAAGUCAAGAUGUUUUAAACUGUUGUUUGAAGGAACAUUCACCGAAGAAGCUGUUCAUGAAGAGGAUUUUUUUGAUGAUGAGGAAGAAGAAAUCAUUUAAUAAUCAUUACGAGUACGGAUUUUGAGUACCAAGUUACAUUAAUUCCAUGUAACAUCUUAUUUUUGGCCUAAGUGUAAUAAUACUCAUUAUUAGUAAUUAGGAAUGGAAUCACUGUAUGAUAUAAAAUGCAAUUAGUCCAUUGUAGAGAAAUAAUAAGUUUACAUUUAUAUAGUUACUGUACUGUAUGAAAUUUUGGUUUCAGUUUAAAAUGUUUUAUGCAAAAAUUGUACAAUAAUUUCUGACCUAAAAAUAAAUUCAUCUGUGUAUUUCAUAGUGUGCAUUUUCCUAUAUUUUAUUGUUGUUUUCGUUUUACUUAUGUUUUGGUAUAUUUUUUUGUCUUCCAAAAUAUUAAAUCGGUACUAUAUAAGCUUUCUAUUUGAAGUGUAAUAAAUUGAUUACAUAAUAUAUUUUUCUAGUUAAAAACUGUGAUGAAAUGUUUGUUUGACUAAAAAAUCAUUCUUAUUUCACAAAAAUUAGAAUAAGCACUGUGAAGUUUGUAAGAAGCUUUAGAAGCUUUAACUAGUGAAAUAUAUUUAAAUUUUUAGUUAUAUUGUGGUUGGUUGUAAUAAUAUGUAAUAAGGUGGUACAAUAAAAAAGUCCACAUUUCAAACUUAAAUUUGAUUAAUAUCCUUUGAAACGUUGUGUUGAAACAAAGUAAAACUAUUUUUCAAUUUUCACUAAUUUUGUAUUUCUAAAAACAAUUGUCAAAUUUUAUUUCCCCUUUUCAAAAUUGUAAACUUAAAUGUCUAAGUAUAUAAUUAAAGGACAUACACAUGAAAAUUAUGUGAAGUUGAUAUUGUUAAAACAGUCUAAUCUUUCUAAUAACCUAACAUUUUAAUUGUCUUAUUGUAAAUUCUUUUUUUUUAAAUUGUAGUAGAGUGGUGUUCCAAGAAUUUUCAUAAUACUUGUAUGUGUCUGGUGCAGUGACACACGUGUUCAUUAUAUGCGGUUCUCAGAAAUAUGAUGUUUCAUGACUUUUAAUGUAUUAAAUUACAGGUAGAAUUUCUUUUAUAAGCCAUGGUAUAAAACAUAUCGUUUGUAUCUUAUUCUGGAAUAAAAUUAUUGAAAUAAGUUCCCAAAAUAAAACAGUGUAAAAAUCAGUAUUCCAAAAAGUUAUUUUCUGUGAAGAUUGACAAUAAGUUGAUGUGAAUGAAGAAUAUUUUUCCCUCUUAGUUCUUGAGAACUAUAAAAAGUUUUGUAAACAAUAUAUUCAAAAAUAUAUGUGACAAGUUUUUGUAAAAGUAUAGUAUACAGGUUGCAAUUUUGUGUCCCUAUAAAAUUAUACUAUUGGUUUUUAAGCAGUAUUCUUUGUUAAUUGAAAUUGAAGUUAAGUUUCUUUACUUUUUUAGUUCAUAUAUCUACACUGUAAAUUGUAAUUUUGAUCAUAAAUACCCAGUGUAAAACAGAGUUGCUUCUGGUGUGAAGUGAUAAAAAGAGUUAUUUUGAAAGAUCACAUAAAUAUUAAAUAUAGUUUAUUAAUUUUAAAUCAGGUACUCUAAUAGACUGUAUUUUUUGGUUUAAGAAAUAUGUAAAUGAAAUAAAUUAUCUGUCAGUAUGUAACAUUUUCUUAUUGAAAAACUAGUGAUUAGGGUUGUUUUUCAAUUUAUAAAUCUGUGUCGAAAUCAUGUUUUAUUUUAUUAUGGUAAAGCUUAUGUUUAUUUGUAAUAAUUUUAUUUUCCUAGCAAUUUUAUUUGUUGUAUAAUACUGUUGAUUUGUAGAUAAAUGUUCAAAAAUGUAAUAAACAUUGUUCCACAAUAAUUAAUCAUCUCUGCAGCGAUUUUUAUGAGCAUCACAGAAAAUACCUCAAAAGUUGUAUAAUAAUUAUUUAAUAAUAAUGUGCGUCUCAUAUAAAACGCUGCAGUAUUGUUAACUUAUUAUUUUCUUGAUUAAAUAUAUGAAAACAACAAUA